AUGUUCAGAGACUAUGCGACGCUCUUCUUCCCAGAAGUACCAAUUCAGAAACCAGGUGUGCUGCGGGACCCACCGUUCGGUCCGCCCCCAACAGCCCACCCUACCGUCUUCUUUCAUUUACUAAUCAUUCCAUUCAUAAUGUAUCCCAUCGCUCUUCCCCCCAUCAAUUGCAACAGUAUGUUGAAAUUCUCUUGUACGAAAGUAGUGAUAAACGACUCUGUCGGAUCAACAUACACUCUUCGUGUACAGAAUUCAUCGUCCACGUUCUGCUCUUUGAUUAUUAAGUCAAGUCACCCACAUUUGUUCAGAGUUUGUGAUCAGAGUCUUCUAUGCCAACAUCUCGAUCCUCAAGAAGAGUUCGACAUCGUUAUUGAAAUGAUAAAAAACUCAAUAAAUCUAUACGAGGACUACUUUGUCUGCAUUGGUACUGGCAACGACGUUACUACGAUCCCUGUGGAGUUCAAGACAGUCGAUGAAAGAUGCGAAUCACCAGACCGUCCUUCAAAUGCAGCCGUCGAGUGCCAGAUCUGUUUUCAACCAUUCGAUGAAAACGAAAGAGUUCCAAGAAUUGUUAAGGAGUGUGGACACACUUUGUGUCAACGUUGUUGCCAGCAUUUGAUGAUUCCAAACAAAAAUCGAUUCAUAAUUUGCCCAGUCGACAGAAUGUCAACAGUUGUCUACGAAAAUGUUAACAAUCUUCCAAAGAAUUUCACUCUUAUGCAAGUAAUCAGCGAGUCGAACGUCAAAAUAACAAAAACUGGUCCACCUUUCUGCAUCACUCACAAAAAACAGAGACUGUUCUUCGUGUGUACGGAAGCUGGUUGCUCCUCGAAAAGAAAGUUGAUGUGUGGCGAGUGUAUGCUCGAGGACGGUCCCCACGGAGGUCACUCCUACAUCUCAUCCAAAAAGUUUUUCGGAAACAAAAAGAAGUUCGAGGAGGACCUCGAUGCUACCGAGAACCUGAUGUGGGAACUUAUGAAGAAGCAUAAGGAGUUAAAGACUAGAUUGGAGAAGGUGUAUUCAGAGAAACGUUUGAAAGUCACGGAGAUGUACGAUGAGGUUAUGGGCGAGAUGGAGGCAAAACAGAGAGAUCUGAUUGACGAGAAUGACAAAACUAUUUUCUUUGGGUUGUCAGAGAUUGCAUGCCUCACUUUUAGACUCCAAAAUGAUGUGUAUAAAUUGAGGCGAUUCCGUUUAUCACUCUUAGAGGUUCUGCGUCAAGAUCGUAUUCACAGCCAUGAUGUUUAUACUUUGGCUCAACGGAUCGAGUCUGUUCAAGCUUUCUCAGAAAUAUGGAAUAUCUUACAAGAUAUGCUCGUUGAGAAAGCGGAAGAGCUUCCUGACGGCCAGGUUGAUCAGGAAAGAAGAACUAAACUCAGAUCUUGUUUAGGUCUUGUUGAGAAAAUAGAAAUCGUGUUCUCACGAAAGCGUGAUAAUCUGAAUGCUGACACAGAAAAACAGAAGAAACUAGCUGAACAGUUUAGACAAAUUCAAAAGGAAGCUGAGAAGCCAUUGGUUCCAUUGAGAAUCAAAAGAUCAGCUGCAAUGGAAUCUCUGUUAGGAGACUACAAAUAUGAUCUCCUGGGAUUGGAGGAAAUCGAGUCUCUCAUUGAAUCUAAUCUCCAGAAGCUUUUCCAAACUCGAAAAUCCAUCGCCAAAAUCGUAGAGACUGGCUUGAACUUCCAUCUAGUUCAUGAUGGAAAAAUGGAACUUCCCGUGUUUGUGAGAUUUCCAAUUGAUAUCAAUCACUUCACGUUGGAAAGAGAACUCAAUUUGGAUGUUGACUUCAAUCUGGUUUUCGGGAGUUCGUGA